AUUGCACGAUCACUUAUUCUGUAAUCAGUGAUUGGUAUGAACCACGAAAAUCGCGAUGUAUCAUCGGCACCGGCUAAUUGCUGUAUCAGGAUGAGAGCGUCCGCUCUGUCAAACACAUGUGCCAGGAUCAGAAGGACACGUGCCAUGCCGAUUUUCAUAUCCCACUUCCUUUUAAUAGUUCUUAGUUUUCUAUCGCUUGCUUAUUGUGAUUAUACGACUACUGACGGACCCACCACAACGCCGGAACCACCUAUCACAUGGUUUGAUUGCCCUGACCAAUAUUCUUAUCACCCACAUCCAGCAAAUUGUACCCAAUACAUCAUUUGCGUUUUUGGGAAAGCUUAUUUAAGAGCUUGCGAAGGAGGAUUGAACUGGAACGAUCAGCUGAAGAUUUGCGACUGGCCUAAUCCCAAAACAACAUGUCAACAAGUCGACGAAAAUACUGCCUACCGACCGGUAGCUUCGCCGACCGUCACCGCUCCGCCGUUAUCCGAUGACGAUAAUUCACAAAGAGACGAUUACCAAACAGAAACACAGGGCCGCUACCGUGGAUCGCAAGGUUUCAGUCAUUUUAAGCCGGAUGAAGACGCUGCAAAGGAUCAGCUAACAUCAUUCGCCGGGAAAAAAGUCGUGUACUUCGACGCACCGACGGAUGCAAGUAAUGGAGACGCAUCUGCAUCCGAUAACUCAUUGGGCUCUACCAAACCCGACGGUGACGACGGCGGGCAGCCGGCUCCUGGUCAAGACAUGUACAGCAGUGAGCAAAGGGCACCUCCAAAGAAAAAAUCUGCAGGACCUCAAGUGAUGCCCAUUGGUCAGUUAAGCGGCUUUUCAUCCGCCAAUCGUGGCGCGCCACAACGAAUGAGUUCAUGGGAUACCGGAAACGAUGAUUUUCCACAAGGAGACGGUCCAGAUUCGCAACAAGCUCCAAUGACCCCACCUGCUCCGCCGGCCGGUAAACCAAAGAGAGGUAGAGCACCAAUGAGCGCUCAAGCCAGUUCGCCAUCCGGUGGUAAUCCUCCACCAUGGGCGCAAGUGGCGCUGCAACGCAAAAAGGGCGGGGCGUCAUCGUACACGCCUCCCGAUGAUGCGGCUCAGGAUAUCCCAGCACCAAUCAAAAGCCAACCGCCCAAAGGCAACCGUAUGGAUCCGCCUCCGUGGUUGCAACAACAAAAACCAAGUGGUCGCAGCCCGCCUCGCAACGCGGCUCGGAACCGUGGCCCAGAUGCAGCGGCGAACGGCGAUGAAACAGAAGCCAGUCUGAACCGUCCGCAGAACAAUUUCCCGCCCAAACAAACAUCCGGUGCUCAACGAGAUUACCAACCUCCGCCGCGCCGAACCAGCCAACCAGACCAAAAUAAUCGCAAUGCACCGUCCGAUAACCGCAGGAUUAUGCCGCAAACGUACCAACCCGACUCCGACAACCAGGUCAACGACGGCCCGCCUCCACGUAGUUCUCAGCAAGCUCCUUCACAAGGGUUUAUUCCAAACGCACCACCUCGGUCAAGACAACCGCCACAAGGCGCUGCACAAAGUGCUCCACGACGAGCGUCGCCCAGUUCCGAACCGACGAGCUACCAAGGAAACAUGCUUGGAAACUCCAAGCCAAGGUCACAGCCACCGCCGAAACCCUCCAAUCGACGCGGCCCUACGGAUUUCAGCAGUAAUGAUGCCGGUGCUGAUUUCUCUUCCCGAAGACAGCAACGCCCUGUUUUUGGAGAGGAUCAAGCAAAUCCACAGGACAGACCAAGAUUUCCCAAUCCCGCAAGCACCAACAGCGAUGACGAAUCCAGCUCAUCGCUGGCCAUGGGGCAACCUGAACGAAUAAAUUCUAGACCGCCUCCUAAAGUGAGCAGAAUGCCGCCGCCACCGUCUCGACAGGUAUCGGGCGACGGUGACGACGAAAGUCAGAGUAUUCCAAGUCGUUUUGGACCCCCCGCCUCGCAGUCGGACGAUCAGAUGCAGCAGCCGCGCCCAUUCAGUCAACAACGAAACGGCCCGCCCAGCUCCAGUUCCAAACAACGAAGCUCCCAAAGCCGACAGCGUCCUCCGACUUCUCAACCGCAACAAGUGUUUUCGAGAGCACAGUCCAGUAGUUUUAGUUCGGACGGCGAUUCUGAGCAAUGGAGCAGCGGGUUUUCCAAACAAUCACAAAGGUCACCACAACCCGUUAAGCAGUUCGGAAGCAACCCAUCAGUUCUCGACGAGGUUAACGAUGGGCCGAGCAAAAUCGGAGCCCACACCGAUGAGGAUAGCGGUCCCGAUGGACCGAGCAGCUUUGAUAUUCCCAAACGUAUUUGGGGAUUCGGCAGCAGAGGACAGGGAGGAGGGCCACCGGAUAUGUUCGGACCGCCGCCGCAGCCACCAGGAUUUGGAGUGUUUUCUGGUGAUUCCGGGGAUGAUCAGCCAUCCGGGUCAAAUUUCGACUUUCACAGAUAUAGGGAAUUCUACGAGGGGAUUUAGGUGGUUUGGGUAAUAAAAUUGGUACGUUGAUUGACAGGUUAAAAAAUUCUUAAGCAAUUAAGCAUGCGCGUGGUCGAAGUAACGCUAUACAUGCAACUGCAUACCAAGAAGCAGUUUUUACUCUACCCUAAGUCUACAAAUGCAGCAAUAACUUUCAGAACAUUUAUUGAAUUAUUGGUAGCGUAAUUGUAUUGUAUCGAUAUCAUUUUGUGCUGGGUUCCUUUUUGCUGUACUUUUCUCAUAAAAUGUGCAGUGCCGGUGUCCUUGUGUUCUUCUUUGCAUGUAAAAGAAGUGCGAAAUACCGUCUGGAUUAUGCUUACAAUUAUUUACGGAUGCAUGGUUGCUCAAUCUUACUUGUAUAGAAGCAUACCUUAUGUGUUGUAACCAGAAUCUCGACCUUGUUUCAGAUGUUUCUGCAGUAUAACAAGGCUUAUCGG